AUUAGAAUUCAGUCAGUCAGUCAGUAAAGGCACACCAGUCACACUCUGAAAAAUAAGUUUCUAGAGUCAGUCCAGCAUGGGUACACGGGCACGAGUUCUUCUCUGCUGGCUUCAGGUGAUUGGUGCUGUCGUGCUUGGAGAUGUUUGGAAGGUGAAGGUAGAGUCUGAAAUGGAGGCUCUGGUCUCAUCUUGUGUCGUGUUGCCCUGUUCAUUCAAAUACCCUGCUCAUCAACAGCCCUCCAGUCGUAUUAAAGCCAUGUGGCACAUGAAGGACAAGAAGGAUUUCAUCUAUCACAAUGAUCCUACAAAAGUUCUAGAGAAUUUCAAGGGUCGUACAAAACCGAUUGGGUCACUGGGUGCUUUAAACUGCUCCUUGGAGAUUGAUGAAAUCAAAAACCAUGACAACGGCCCGUAUUGUUUCAGAGUGGAAUUAGAGACAUCUGAAAAAGACAAGUACUCCUUUGAGGAUAACUGUGUGACAAUUAAUAUGAUUGAGCAAGCAUCAAAACCUGUGCUGCAGUCUGAGGCGUUUGUGCAAGAGGGUGAACCCACAGUCUUCAGAUGCUCUGUCCGGCACACCUGUCCGUCCCAUCAGCCCAUUCUCAGCUGGAGCCACUCUGGAAAAACAGUCAUGAGCUAUAAGGACAUUGGUCAUGGAAAAUGGGAGGCAGAAUCUCUCCUUACCUUCAUCCCAACAAAAGAUGAUAAUCUCAACUCUAUCACAUGCACUGUCAAGUACCACGGGAGUGUCCGGGGUGAAAUGCAAGCCACAGAGCAUAUCAAUGUGAAAGAACAAGCAACUCUCAACCACAUCCUCAUACCAGCCAUCUCUGGGCUUGGAGCUGCAAUUUUUGUUGGAUUACUGUGUGUCUUCAUUGUCAAGAGAUACAAGAAUCGCAUUGCAGAGCUGCAAUCCAGAAACGACAAUGGGUGAGUAUACAGCAUUUCUACCUGGGAACAUUAUAGUGCCUCAGUCUGAUUUUAAAAUGUGUGGUUUUGAGUCUGUGAACUUUGAAUUAUCUAUAGUAGUGUUCUCAAAAAAGCAGAUAAAACAGACUUUUAGCAUAAUAAA